CCCCCACUAUGUACUUUUUUACAUCCCUGCUUACGUUUGGCUGGCAUAGCCUAAUUUCCGCAUUCCCAAAUCCUCCCAGAUUGGGAUCACGUUUAAAAUCGGGCUGAUGCAACGAUUCCCACUUUUUAAAAUUUACUCUCGACCCUCGGCUGACCAGAAGAAAGGACAUUUGUUGCACCUGGGAUCAAAGUCAGCUGUGGUCACGACCGAGUCUGACGCGAUGCCAGGACAAAUCCCAGAUCCCUCUGUGACAGCAGGCUCCCUGCCCAGCCUGGGCCCACUGGCUGGGAUCUCAGCCACCACGCUGACUGACAAGCUCAAAUUUGGUGACUUCCAGGAAUUCGGUACAAUGCUGUCACCUCUGCACUUCCUGGACAGUCUGGGGAAGAGGCCCCUAGUGAUAAAAACAGAGAGAGAUGAAGAGGAGGAGAGAAGGAAACGAAGGCGAGAGAAAAACAAAGUGGCUGCAGCUCGAUGUCGAAACAAAAAGAAAGAGAGAACAGAUUAUCUACAAAAGGAAUCAGAGAGACUAGAGAUGUUAAACUCUGACCUUAAAGCCCAGAUCGAGGAGCUGAAGGUGGAGCGACAGCAGCUAAUCCUCAUGCUUAACCGGCACCGCCCCACAUGUAUUGUCAGAACAGACAGCGUCAAAACCCCGGAGAGCGAGGCGAACCCCCUGCUGCAGCAGCUGGAGGCCAAGUGAAGGUGCAUCGACUCUCUUACAGUUUGCAGUCGAGAAGAAGCAGCCAACUAGCAGCACUUAGCUUUGGGCCUUGGUCAUGGAGGAGAUCUAGCCAAGUCCUCCCAUCUUAACCUACAGAACGUUAUGCCACACAAUGUGGAUCCAGUAACAUCAGACAUUGUUUCAAACUUCUUGUUAUCUUUUUGUUUGUCUCUCUUGCUUUCUCAUGUAUAUGUCAUGGUGGUCAUCAGAGCUCCAGCCCCUGUCAGUAUGAAGUUAAACAAAAUAACACACACACAGGUAUUGGCACAUUGCUUUCCAUUCCAUACAUUUAGUUUGUUGUUUCAUGAUGGAUUCAUAUUCUAUCUCUUCUUAGCUUUAGCUACUGCUUCAACGUAUUUCCAGCAGCUAAAGUAGAAUUAUUCCACUAUCAAAAAACAUCAGUGGUUAAUAUCAGCUCAGUCAUUGCAGCAAUUCAUUUGGUGAUUUAACAAAUGACAAGUGAUUUUUUUAAGGAGCGGUGUGUAAGAUUUAGGCAGAUUUAGUGGCAUCUAGCAGUGAGGAUUGAAGUUGCAACCAGCUGAAACUUCUCCCAGUUAGAAUUCCUUCAGUGUUCAUUGAUCAGGAGGUUUUUACCAGGAGCCGAAUUAUCCACUGUGGUCUUCUUCCUCUCUAGAACAAACGUAACUCACCCAUUUAUAUUUUAUUAAGGCCCAAAGUUAGGCAUAUUUAAGGGCAGGGGUGCUUGUGUGACAGGCUGCCUGCAAGGCCUCGCCACAGUCAAUGAGUCAAAUCUGCCAGUCUCUCCUCCAAAUACGGUUACUUCUGGCUCCAAAAAACACAAGAUGGUGACGGCCAAAAUGCCGAACUCGAGGCUUUAAAAUGGCAGUCCGCACACCAGUGGGUGAUGUUACAGUAGCUACUUCCAUCAUUUUUAAUCUAAAGGUGCAACAUGGCAAUCUCCCUAGACGAGGACCCGCUCAUUCCAAGGUGACAGAAACACAACCAGACUUAUUUUCAGGAGAUUAUAAACUAAAGAAAACACACUUACCGGUAUCAUAUUCCAUGUCUGCCAGUAUAUCCCCUAAAUCCUACACACUGGACCUUUAAAGUCAAAGCUUAAACUGACCUACAUCGGAUUUAACAGCUGUAUAUUUCAUAAAACUAUCCACAGUUACAUUGAUGUUGUUUAAACAGCAUGUGAGGCAGGAGUAAUACCGUAAAACAACAGUGAUUGGAGGGUAUUAUUUGGUCAGACUACAAACAGAUAUCUUGCUUUAUUGAGGGGUUGCAAUACCUCUCGGUCUGCAUGUCCCAAAUUACUUGGAUUGUCUUGCCUUUGCUAAAAAGCACUCUGGGAAUCAUAUGAACUUUAAGUGGGCUUAGUAGAUAAAUUUAGUUCAAUUUACUCAUUCACUUAAUAAAAUAGUAAAUUCUCUAUUUUUCUAGAGCAAAUAUUUACACCCACAGACAGUCACAGUCAGAAAUCGUGAUCGUUUUUGUUUUCAUUCACUCUGUGGCAGAGUGGUUGAUCCCUUUUCUUGUUUCUCCCUAUGUUUUGGCGCAGGCGUCAUGUAUGCACAUAUAUAUAUAUGGACUGUUUACAUUGUACUUUAUUUUCUGUUACCAUAUUGUUACUACCAAUUAUGUUUUUUUAUACUUUUGUAUAUGAUGUUAUAUAAGCAUAUAAGCUAUCAGAAAAUCCCAUUUUGUAUUUCCUUAAGAAAUAAAUGUUUAGUUUGUUUUUUUACUGGAA